AUGGAGGAGAAGAAGAGAGAGGAGUCCGUGAAAGACGCACCCGAGGAAAAGAUGGAGACAAACUCUGCGACCGUGGACGCCAACCUCGAGAAGGACACCACCUUGACACCUGCGACGGAGGACGCCAACCUCGAGAGGAGCCAGACUCCACUCCCUGCGUCAGGAGACGCUCAGACUGAGAAGAUCGCAACUACCGUUGAGGUCCAUACUCCAGCAGUCACUACUUCUCUAGAAGCCACCAUAAUUCCUGCAGUCGAUGCCCCCAUGGAAGUGGAUGCCUCCCCCGAGGCCGAAGAAGUCGAGACAGCUGGAAUUGAUGCCCCCGUUGACCCUGUGUCACCUACACACACCCACGAGAAACCGACACCCCCAGCCACUAGGACGAGCAACCCCAGUCAGGCUUCGACGUUACCCUGCACAGCUGCCAACCCAGUUCCGGACCACAUUCUGUGGGCCCCCUUGACAACUUACAAGAAGUUAAUCUGGGCUAUUGGCCAGAAGAACGACAAUUUCCUACCGAUUUUGCGAAUUUUCGCCUCCCUGAUCAACUUCAGGCCACCCACAGAAUUUUCAGUAAUGCCACCUUUCCCGCCUGUGGACACACCCCAGGAAGAUGCUGAAAUGGGGGACGGUCAGCAAGCUACUCGCAUCGCCGAGGAAAUCGCACAGAUGGCCCUUGGAGACCCCCAGCCCAUCUCCAAACCUUCGACUCCUGCAGCAGAUGCCAUUUUUAGUUCUGAUGAUUCAGCCACUGCUGCUACCCCGUUGGAACUCAGUUCCGGUCUUCCUACUGAUGCACUCGCUGCCACUCCUACCCCCUACACCAAGUUUCCCAGCACCCACACCAAAUACCACUGGACAAAGGUCUAA